UCCUCCUCUUCUCGGUCUUCUCCAUUCUUCUUCAUCGCCAUCGACACCCCUCUCUCUUUCUCUCGCUCUUCGAGUAGGACUUGCGAGGAGGCUGCGGUAACGCUCGCCUCGUCGGCACCAGGGCCCCGGAGCGCCCUCCGCCGCGCCCCCCUUCGCCCAGGUCCGCUUCUACGUAUGGGCUCACCAUGCGCAGGAUUCGGGCCAACGCCAUCGCGAUCCUGACCGUCGCCUGGAUCCUGGGCACCUUCUACUACCUGUGGCAGGACAGUAAGCCGGCGACGGCGGCGUCUGCUCCCUCGUCAGUGGGGAACCACCACCAGGGAGGUGGGCGCCUGGAGAUCCACCGAGACGACAGGACCAUCCCGCUGAUUGUGAGCCAGCCCCCACGUGGCGAGCAUCAGGAUCUUCUGCUGGGUGGCCUGGAUGAGAAUAAGUACUUGGACGCUAAGCAGCUAAAGCCCGGAGACGACCCGUACAGGGAGCACGCCUUCAACCUCAUCGAGAGCCACCGCCUGGGAGCGCAGCGGCCGCUCAGGGACACCAGACACUACAGGUGCGCCUCCCUAAACUAUGACGUUGACCUGCCGUCCACCAGCGUCAUCAUCACCUUCCACAACGAGGCCCGUUCCACGCUGCUCCGCACCGUCAAGAGUGUCCUGAUGCGGAGUCCUCCGCAGCUCAUUCACGAAAUCCUCCUCAUCGACGACUUCAGCGCUGACGCCGAUGACUGCCAGCUGCUCACUCAGAUCCCCAAAGUGCGCUGCCUGAGGAAUGGCAGGAGAGAGGGACUCAUCAGGUCCCGCGUGCGAGGAGCCAACUCUGCCUCGGCCCCCAUCUUGACUUUCUUGGACAGCCACUGUGAGGUGAACACUGAUUGGCUGCAGCCAAUGAUCCAGCGUGUCAAGGAGGACCAUACGCGAGUGGUGAGCCCCAUCAUCGAUGUCAUCAGCCUGGACAACUUUGCUUACUUGGCCGCCUCGGCCGAUUUGAGAGGAGGAUUUGACUGGAGUCUCCACUUUAAGUGGGAACAGAUUCCCAUUGAACAGAAAAUGGCCAGGAGUGACCCCACGCAGCCAAUCAGGACCCCGGUGAUUGCGGGGGGAAUAUUUGCAAUGGACAAGAGUUGGUUCAACCAUCUUGGACAGUACGACACUCACAUGGACAUCUGGGGUGGGGAGAACUUUGAGCUGUCGUUCCGCGUAUGGAUGUGCGGCGGCAGUCUGGAAAUCCUGCCCUGCAGUCGCGUGGGUCAUGUGUUCCGGAAGCGACACCCGUAUGACUUCCCAGAAGGCAAUGCUCUCACCUACAUCAAGAACACACGGCGGGCCGCCGAGGUGUGGAUGGACGAGUACAAGCAGUACUACUACUCGGCCAGGCCUUCAGCACAAGGCAAAGCUUUCGGCAGCAUAGCCGACCGUCUGACGCUGCGCCGAAAGCUGAACUGUAAACCUUUCCGCUGGUACAUGGAGAAUGUUUACCCUGAGCUCAGGGUUCCCGAGCAGGAGGCCGUGUCCAGCAUCCUCCGACAGGGAACGUUGUGCCUGGAGACCCGCGGGAUGGACGGACUCGGCCUGGCGGAGUGCAAAGUGGUCAGAGGCAGCAGGCCGCAGGCGCAGAGGUGGGAGUUAAUCGAGCCGUUGAUCCGGCAGCGCGACCUUUGCUUGGCCAUCACGCUCUUCACCGCGGGGUCAAAGGUCACCAUGGAGCCCUGCAACGCCAAAGAGCCUCGACAGAAAUGGAAGCCCAAAGGCUCGGCCCUGCAGCACACAGUUAGCGGACUGUGCCUGGACAGUCAGAGCACAGCCGGCCCGCUUGUCAUUGCACAGUGCCGCCCUCUGGUGGCCAGCCAGGCCUGGGAGCCUCAGAUCAUCACUUGAAGGACCAAAGGAAGGUUCCGGCAACAAAAGAAUUACCUUUGCCUUGCUUCUGAAGCAGUGUAGGAUGCUCCAUCUUUAAAGGAGGCUGCAGCUCUUCUAACCUUAACUUCUUGCUUGUUUUUUUUUUCUUUUUUUUUUUUUUUUUUUACAUGUUAAUUCCUUAAAGGGGACAUAUUAUGGAAAUCGGACUUUUUCUCAUGUUUGUGCAAUGAACCCCUGCAUAUUUACGGAUUUUUAGGGGGAUCGAUUGUCUGUGAUCCACUGAUUUUGAAAUAAUGCUUUGGCGCCAUCUUGUAGCAUCUUGGAGCCAAGGAACUGUUGAGCUGAAGGGAGAAGUUUAAUUUAUGGGUGAGCGUCAUUUACUUAGUAUGCCUGUCCACCAAUCAAAUGUGAGAUAAAACGACCAAGUAAAGCUUUGGUAAUCUGCCUGUUUUUGAACAUGUGUCUGAGUAAGUCGUUCCCAACUUUGUCCCACUUUGUCCCACUGCGAUGUCACAAUUUGGACUCUGGCAAUGUUCUUUAGGUGGUAAAAUCUUAUGGUAGAGAUGUUCUUAAUGUGUGGAAUAAAAGUCGGCUCCAAUUCUCAAAUCACAACCAGGUUUUGUGUGAAUGGUUUAAAAGAUAUUAACUGUAGUUUUAUUAAAAGUUUCUCUCUCUGUGCCUCA